GAGCUUCCUGUUUUGCAGAAUGCACAGGACACAGUGCAUCAUACUUCCCCAAAAGAGCUAGAUACAGCUACAGGUAUUCAGCAGUCACCAACACAUUCCCACAGGGAAAUAUUUACAAAAGCAGUGGCAUCUCUCUGGAGAGCACAGUGAUCAUUGAAGUAUUGGGGAAUUGCCAGAUGGUUUUGAAAGUGCAAGAUGUACAGAUUAAGAAAAGUUUUGCAUCCAGAGAGGAAUCUCUGAAGGAAAUGGACAGUCUAAGGAAAAUACUAGAACAGCAUCCUCUUCAUUUUUCUUUCCAUGAUGGGAAAGUUCUGAAGCUCUGUCCUGUGAGGGGUGAACAGACCUGGGCACUGAACAUCAAGCGAGGCAUUCUCAGUGUCCUGCAGACAGCACAAGAAUUCCCUGCUGGUGCCAUUGUGGAGGAGGUGGAUGUCCUGGGAAUAUGCCCAACCAGGUACCGGCGAAAGGGUCCCAUUCUUGUAAAGACAAAGGACUUAAACCUCUGCUCCCAUCGCUCUUCUGGUUUGACUUCUGUGCAGUCUGUUGUUCUUCCUCAUGUGUCACCUGAACAGCAGAUCCUGUCCUCCCAGCUGGAAUGUGUCCAGAGCAUUAAGGACGGGGUCCUGGAGGAGGCCAGAUGUACCGAGUCCGACCGCACAACGCUGUUCCCUCAGCAGGGCAGCGGGGCAGAGACACAGACACAGUCUGCACUCAAACUCCUGCAAGUGGAAACAGAGACACUCUACAAUAAAGGGGACUCUGAGGAUCUGUAUGUGACCAACAUCCUCUAUGAAAGGGAGGUAACUAAGAGGGAAGUCACUGGGGCAGAAGUGAAUGAACUGGUGUGGAAGCUUUGCUUAGCACACAGUGCAAGUUAUGAGACUGCAGAUCUUUUCAUGACUCUCGUGUUUGAACUUCGACAUCUUUCUCUUGAGGCCUUAAGAACGCUAUGGCAAAGAUCAUCAUUUAAGUGCAGAGACAAUUGGCAACCAUUAAUAGAUGCUCUCCCAUCUUGUGCCACGGAGGCAUGUGUUGUCCUAAUGAAAGACCUCAUAGCUUCUGGAGAAGUUGAGGAAGACAAAGUAGACUAUUUCUUCUGGUCAUUUGCAUUCAUUCCUAAUCCCACUUCGGGCAUGAUUGAAUCUCUUGCUCCUUUGCUGAAGUCACCUAGAGCAAGCCAGAGCUGCUUCUUGGGAGUAACUGCUCUCAUACAUAGGUUUUGUUCAGCUCACAGCUCCUGUGAUACUGUACCUGCUGUGCAGAUUGUGAUGAGGACUCUUGGGAAAUUUUUGGGAGAAAACUGUACUGUGCAAGAUUCAGAACAUCUCAGCAAGCUGCAGCUGGUGUUGAAAGCCAUCGGAAAUGCGGGGCUGGCAGCGGCUCCGCUGGCUCCUGCUCUGAGCUGGUGCGCUGCCCUGAGGAGCCAGCCCACCGAAAUCCGCCUCGCUGCUGUCCAGGCCUUCCGGCGCAUUCCCUGCUCUGCCAGGAAUGCUAUAUUAGUUCAGUUGUAUCAAGCAACCAGUGAAGAUGUGGAAAUAAGAAUUGCUGCUUAUUAUCUAGCAAUGAAAUGUCCACAUGAAGAGUUAUUUAAACAAGUACAAAAGACUUUGCUGAAAGAAACAUCCAGCCAAGUGGGCUCCUUUGUUUGGAGUCAUCUCUCUCAGCUCCUGGAGACAGAUGAUCCAUUGAAGGAACACCUUCGAGAUUCUAUUCCUGAUGAAAUCCUUAUCAGAGAUUUUGACUGGGAGAUAUGGAAAUACUCCUCAUACUCUGAUGUCACCUUUCACUCAGGUGGUGCAGGUGCAAAUAUGGAAGCAUCAGUGGUCUUUUCUCCUACAUCUUUUCUACCACGAUCAGUCAUGAUGAAUUUGACUGUUCACUUUAUGGGACAGGCUAUAAAUCUCCUGGAGGUUGGUGUACGAUUGGAGAAUGCUGAAACUCUCAUCGAGAAGGGUUUUGGGCCAAAAUCUUCUACUUUCAGUGACUAUUUUUUUGGAAACACUAAUGAAGGAAACCAAAAGUCAGAAACCCCGGUGGAAACAGCAGAGAAGGUCAAGCAGAGUAACCCGCCUUUGAAGCGAUACAGCCCCACUGAUCAUCUUGUGAGCAAGUCUGGCAAGCCAAAGCUGAGAAAAACAAAUCAGAACUGUCUUGGUAGAAAAUACAGUGAGAUGAACGAGUUAGUCAAAAAGUUCACUGAGAGAACAGUAAGAAAGGAGGCACCGAAAUGUGAGCUAAGCAUGAAAAUCUUUGGAAAUGAACUUAGCUUUUUAGAUUGUGAAGAUUUAAGAAAACAAAUGAAACAUUAUUCCUUAAAUCUGGCUGAGUUGGCCGUCAAACUUCUGAAGGGGCAGGAGGUCCAGUUUAAUAAAAGGAUGAGUUUGGCCACUGAAGAACUGCAGUUUCCAGCAAUUUCAGGCUUUCCUCUUCAACUGGCAGUCAAUGCCUCAGCAGCAAUCAACAUAAAAAUCAAAGGGAAUGCAGAUUUCAAGCAACAGUCCAAUUUCUUUCUACAUGGAUAUAUCAAGCCAAGUGCAUUUGUCCAGCUUUCUGUCCGAAUGGGAAUUGUGGGGACUCUGGGACAAGCUGGCCUAAAGUGGUUAACAGGAAUGAGGACAUCUACUAGUCUUGAUGGGGGAAUCCAGGUGAAGAAAGGGAAGGAGCUCAAAGUUUUCUUGAACACUCCAGAAGAAUCUAUGGAGAUAAUUAAUUUCAGCUCUAAACUCUACUUAAGAAUGGUGGAUGAGACAGAAGAUAUAGAUGUCUUCCAAGACCAUGCAGAAACCAGAUCUUGCACAAGGGAGGAAGUGUCUGAGAUUAUUGGCUGGCAGCUGUGUUCUGAAAUGUCCUAUCCUGACCCAGCCAGUGGUUUGGUUUUCCCCCUCCCUGGACCUUUGAGAGUGGCUGUGACAUUAACUAAGCAGGACAGAGGCUUGCAGCAGUACGUGGUGGAAGCUGCCUACAACUACAUAGCUCAGGAGAAUUCAUGGAUCCCAAGUGAAGCUGUCUUUCACUUCUUCAUUGGGACUCCAGAGUCAGACUUGAAAAGAGAUGUUGGUGUUGACCUAAGUUUUAGUAUCCCACAGAAGAAAUUCAGAAUCCAAUUUAUACAACCUAUGAAGAAAAUUGAGAUUGAUGGGAGGAUUGAGUUUUCUAAAAAUUCCCAAAUUGGACUCCUGGAGCUGAUAGUGGAUGACAGAGAUGUGUAUUACAUUAAGGGAAUGGCAGAUUUGCAGAUGCUGAGUGGAGAGCAGAGAUACAUGACCCAGCUGGAGGUAAAACUGAUAAAGCAAAGCAGUCCUAUCAUUCUGUCAGGAAACAUCACUAAACAGCUUGGCAAGAAGAUAGCUUUUUCACUAUCUCUGAAUAAUUUGUUGAAGGAUGCUGCAUUUCUUUCAGCACUUCUGGAGAAAAAGGUUGAUGAUAAGCUGAGACAAUACUCAUUGGAAGGGGACACUCACCUUCCGGGUGUUCUUGGAGUUCACGCUGUCGCUCUCCUCCAGCAGCGUGAGGGAUUGUGGUCUCACGGUCUGCAGAUAAAAUAUGGACUCCUAGGAGAGGCAAGAACCCCUUGCCACGAGUGUGGUACGCAGCAGAAGGUUCAAGUGGAGACGGGUGCACGGGGCUUGUACAGACUGGAGCUGGGCCAUGAGUUUCACUGUGUGCAGGCUCCCACCUACAGCCACCAGGUUCACUUGAAACAUGAAGUGAGUGCAUCUUGGAUUUCCUCCCAGAUGGAAGUGAAUUACGGGAAGCACUGGGAUGAAAUAAACAACAAGAAGAAACUGCUCAUCAGCCAAGUCUUUAAGAACAGUUCCAGUUCAUCUGUAGUCAGCUAUUUCAUGGAGUUUACCAUGCAAAUCCUGGAAAAACAGGUGAAUUAUAGAACCCAGCUGCAGCACUUGCACACCUCUCAGGUGUAUUUGCAGAGCAGCACCAACUUCGAGGUGCAGUAUAAUGACCAUGUACCAUUUGUGGCUGGGCUGCAGUGGAAGGAUACAUCCAGAAAUGGCCUGAAGAAGUGGGAAGGUGGGUUCAACAUGGACACCCCAUGGCUCUAUCUGUACACAGCUCACAAACUGCACCAGCCUCAACAUUCUGCUUAUUUACUGACAUCCGAGCUGACAGCUGGAAAAGCUCUCUCCAUUAAAGACCUUGUACUGGAACUAUUCUAUAAUGAUCAAGGCAAUGAGAAGGAAGGAAAAGUUCACAUUUACACACCAGCUACCACUUACCUGCAGCUUGUGAAGAAUGAGAUUCAUUUUGAGAAUAAUGAACGAGCCAAACUUCUCUGCUUUAAGAUAAAGAGUACAAAACAGGAAUUUAACUUCACAGCCAGCUACCAGAAUCUGCCAACGUGUGAAGGUCAAAUAAAAGAGCUGAGGAAGGAGAAGAUGCUCUAUCAAAAACGUGCUACCCUCCAUUUCAGGCAUCCUUUUAAAGUGCCCUUUCUGCAGAGCUUCCUUCUGCAGGAGACAUUUACCGUUGACAAAAAGCAAAAGCACUAUUUCAUGGAAACAAAAGUUUUGAUAAAUGGAGUGGAGGAAACAGUUCAGACUCUUAUACUCGGUUACCAACCUGAAAACCCCUAUAUUUGUGCUGGCUUAACUCAUCCUUAUAACUACAGUAUGUUUCCCAAAGAUGUUGAAAUGUGCAUUUUAACUCUAAGUCAUCAAGAUGUGAAGCAUGAGCUUGAGGCUGUCUUAAAGGUGAAUAAGGAAGAUGUUCUCAGUUUUCUAGGGAGGUAUCAGGACAAAUCCAGUGAGGCAGAUUUUCGACAUUUUUUACACAUGGAUGUGACACACUCAUUCCAGCUUGAGUUUCCACAAGCAAUGGGCCUAAGUGGGGAGCUGUUUUCCAGGCAGACUAAACUGGAACACUUUGACUGUGGUGUGAGUGUAAAAGUCAUCAUCAACAAGAACGUGUCUUCACAGGCCCAGGCAGCCCUGAAGAGUUAUGGUGGAAAUAAUGUCAAUGGCUCCCUUCACCUUCAUUCCAAUGGAAGGGAAAUGCUGAUGCUGGAGGUCGAUGUGAACAAUGAAAACAGGAGGAAAGUCAGAAUUGUUGAGCUGAGGGCUUUUCUCCAUCAGACAGUCCUGACAAAUCCAGAAUCAGUACAGUUCCAGCUCAUGGGCAAAAUAUUUCCAUCAAGACUUCUGUUUUCUUCUGACUUGAAGCUUAAUGAAAAUCGGCUUCACAUGGAUUUCAUGGGAGCCAGGGAGCAGAAAGUUGGUUUUGUUUUGUCCCUAAAUGGAAGAGUCCAACACACUUUUACUGGAUUAAAGGCCAUACCUCAUCUCCUUUCUCUGGAUGGAUUACUGAAGUGCAAAAACAACAUUCAUGAUGGUAACAUCAAUGUGAUGGUCAACAAGAGACUGUAUGGACUGCACAUCAGGAACAGGAAUGUGUUUGGGAAUGCCACUGUGCACAAUAUCACUGUUGCCAUCAUUCAGAAUGGCAGUCAGGCAAUCCCAGGGGAGGCAAGACUGACAGGACACCUGGAACUGAGUAACGAGAAGAAAAGGGGGUUAGCUAGCUUCCAGGUGGAUGAGAAGGCUCUUUCUGUAGAUUUUUUCAAUAUCAUGGAUCAUGGGCACAGCAAAGUCAGUGGCACUUUCACACAUAAUGUCGACUUUUUAAAAAAUGCAGGGUUGCCUUUGGAUGGCAUUCUUACUGCCAUGUGUGAGCGUGGCUCAGGAAAUCACACCAUUGCCAUAGCCCUGCAGAGUGGCAGUGACAGGAUUGCUGCUGUGUUUGAGGGGCACAGACUGGCCACAGAGCCUCCAACAUCCCAGCUCUCUGUGAGCUUAAAGCACAACAUCUCAAAGAUAAAGAAACAGGGCAUCCCUUUUGUUUUAGAAGCUGCUGGCUAUUAUGAGAAUUUCUCCAGAAAGAUUGCUGCAGGGAUAACAACCACAGUGGAGACAGAGCAGUUCAAGAUUGAAAUAGAGAAGAAAACCACUGGCACUGCUAUGGAAAUUUCUCUUUCACUUCACCAUGAUGUAGGAGAACUGAUGGACAUUGUUCCACACACUCCAGCAAGAGUUUCACUGAAUGGGUCAAUAUCGACCAACAACUUCACUGUCAUCCUCUUUGGACAUGUUUAUUUUCAUGACAUAUUUGCCUGGCUGCAACUCUAUGCCACCACUAACACCCAUCCUCGUUUAGAAAUCAACUUCCAGCAUUCUUUGCCUUCACUUCAUUCCCUGGGAAUUGCCAGAGAGAACCAACUGAAGGUGUCAGCCAUGAGAAGUGACAAGUACAAGGGCAUCAUUGGUAUUGUCCUUGGGCCUUGCACUUUGGAAGCUGAUGGAGAAGUGAGCCUGGAAAGCAAUGAGACAGGAUGGGUACUUGCUUUUAGAAACAAGUGUGUCAGUUUAGAGAGGAUGGGAUUGCCUCAAGCUGCAGUCUUGGGAGGCUCAUUUCGACAGAACGUCUGCAACAUGGGCUUGUUAAUGAACCUGCAGUGUGAUGGCAGAGCAGUGGAUGUGCAGAUGGACACCUCCUGCCAGCAAGGAUAUACACUCCAAGGGAUGCUCAGGCACUCACUUCCCUGGCUCAGCCAGCUUGGGCUGCCUUUUGAAAACUCUGUCCUGUUCUCUGCAGCCACAGACUCCACCACAGAGGGCAUUUUCCUGCUGCAGGCUGGGAGAUGCAGACUGAGGGCUAGAGGGGAUCUCCGUGUGCAGAGUAAAGCUGACUGGACGCUGGAAACAGAAACAGACUGUCAGCUUCUGCAGGAUCUCAGUUUCCCAACUCAGUCACGGCUCACGGGAUCCAUUCAGAAAGACAAGUGCCAGGCAGAGCUGCUCUCUGUCCUGGAGACAGAAGGGAAAAGUGCCCAUCUUGAAGUGAGAGCAGAGUGCAAGCCAAAAAUGGCUCUGGAAAUUCACUUCAGGCACGACCUCCCCCAGCUGAAGGAAAUCCCAGGGGAAAAUGAGCUGUCCAUCACUGCACGGAAACACUUCAAAUAUCUUAUUGGAGUUGGAAUGAAACUGGGUACCUGUGAGCUUCAAAUGAGUGGGGACUUUGACCCUGAAAAGAACCUUCAGUGGAAAAUGUUUAUAGAAAACAAAUGCCAAACAAUUCAGGAUUUUGGAGCACCAAUGAAAAUUGAUGGCUCAGGCUACCUUUUGAUGGAUAAAAUGAACCUAGAUUCACAGACACUGAUCACUGUUGAUGAAAAUAAAUUCCGAGGACUCCUUAUACUAAAAGUCACUCGUGAAAGGCAAGAGUUGGAUGCGGUGCUAACCCAUAACAUCCAAGGAGCUGCUGACAUUGGCAUUCCCAUGAGGAUGUUAGUUGAUGUGAUAUCAGAAAAAACCAGUGACUCCUAUAAAGGAUUUAUUAAUUUCUGUGUGAACAACAAGCAAAUUACAGAAGAACUGAACUUUGUCCAGAAGUUGGAUGUUGUGUCUCUUAACUACAAACUUACUCAUAACAUAGAGACAUUGAAGACUUUGCAAAUAAAGGACAGGACUGAAUUGCAGGCUAUCUUGAACCUCAAAGUCACCAGGAGCUUUAGUUUGAAAGUGCUUUAUGGUGCUCACCUAACAGUUCUUGAAGGACAAAUGCAGGAGUUUGAAACAAGUACCAACAUAACAGGGAAUUUCCAUCACUCUUUGCCGUGGCUGCUACAAGCCAGAGUCCCAUCAUCUUUACAGAUAGAUGCAGUAUUUCAAGGGAGAAACACUACUCAAGAGAGAUAUGUGCACAUUGCAGCUGGAGAAACAUCAAUCACAUACACAAUAAACUCCUAUUCUGUUGGCCACCGAGUGGAUGUCUUCUGCCAGAGUGUGCACAGCAGUGAGGAACUCCAGGCUUCUGGCUACCCUAAGGCAAUCAACUUGAUUUUCAGUUUACAGAAAUCAGAAAAAAAAGCCAAGACUGUCUGUGAAAUCCAAUAUGAUGAGAAAGAUAUAACUGUGACUGUGGAUGUUGGCAGAGACUUCGAACUCUUUGGUAUAUUUGUGUUUAUGGCAGAGGUAAAUUAUGAUAUGAGUGAAGCAAAAGGCAAACUCUUCCUCAGGAUGGAAAAAAGAGAUUUCAACGUUUCAGCAAAGCUAACUUUGACUGGAAGCAGCUACACUAAUGCCAUUGAAGUGGCACAGACCAUGGCCCAGUUAAAAACUUUUCCAAGGCAACUUGUGUUUGUGACAAUUUACCAAAAAAGCAACAGAACUCAUCUGCUGAGGCACAUUGCCCUGUGGGAUGGCAAAGAGAUAAAGCUAACAGGCACUUACACUGGACUCUUCCCAAAGCUGCAUGGAGGUCAUGGCAUUCAGGUGGAACUUCUCCAUCCUCUCUCCAUCCCUUUUCCACGGCACGCCUGGGUCAACUUAUAUGUGAAACAUUCAGCACGCAGUCACCGGGACGAUCUUACUGUCGUUUGGAACGAGAAGGACAAGAUAUCAGUGUCAUCUUCUCUGAAGUUUGGAAGACACCGGACAAGCUACAGAGGCACUGUUGCUCACCCAUUUAAUUGCACUCUGAAGCGACUGGAGGUGCAUUCCCUGUCAGAAAGGAGGGGCAGAAAGUACAACCAGCAGCUGCAGGUCUCAGGGAAUGCUGGGCAGCCUGCUCACCUCGGGCUGGGCCUGGAGGAUAAAUCCAAGAUGGACAGCACUGCCUGGAGUGGCUGUGUGACACUCUCUGCAGGCCAGCUUCAGAGAAUAUUAAGCAUGGAACACCUGCAAGCAUGUGGAUCUCUAGAGCAAAGACCAACAUUGUUUAAUGAAUACCUAGAUCUGAACUGGGAUGACAAAAAAUUCAAACACAAUUUCACGUACGAGAGAAAUCAGCUCUUGUAUCCUGAUAAGUUUCAGUUAGAAGCUGUUCUGGAAAAUAUUUUCCUGACCCCAUGUACCAAACAGAAGAUUCUGGGUAAAAUAGAAACAAACUACUGCUCUUGCCUGGAUUACUAUACAAGCUUUGAGUUCUGUGACCUUCCAAAUGUUGUUUUAUCUGGAAAGCACCAGCUCAACAAAGAUGACAUCAUUUUGCAGUCAGAGGGCAGAUUCCACCUUGCUGAGCACGGGAGAGAUGAGGGAUUGAUUGGAAUAUCCAUAAAGAAUCAGAGCACUGCUGAUGUGAAGAACUAUUCUCUAGAAAUUGAAUUAAGAGCCUUUGAAGAUAUUUGGCUGGGCCUGACAGGAACUGCUGCUUCCUCAUCUGUCCAGAGCCAGAUCCUGGUGGAAGGGAUUAUUGCUCAGAAAGAAAAAGUAAAAGUAGCUGCUUCAAAAGGAAAGGAAUGUUUUCAGUACUACAUGGGGCAUCUGCAAGGGGAUUUGGAAGAAGGAAUAGAAGUCAGCGCUUGUUCUGAUGGACAACAGAUGGCUGCCAUUAACACCUAUCUCAGCAUCAAUGGUAAAAGGCAGGAAAACGUGGGACAAGUGACUCUAGCAGCCGCUAAUGGAAGCUUGAGUUUCCUGGCACAUGGAUGUGGGGAUCCUUUUCUUAAAGUUGAGAGCACGCUUAAUGAAAUUGGGAGCCUUUUGAAAGCCACACUGAUAGAGAAAAUAAAGAAGUUUGAUGGAUACCUUUGGAGAUUCAAGAGAUCAGUGCAGCAUGUUGGUUUCCUGUCUGAAGCAGCUGGCUGGGCUUCAAUGGCCUCGCAAAGGGCAGCAGGAUUCCUGCACAGUGGGGGUACAGCUGUCGCCCAGGUGUGGAAGCAAAGUGCAAUCGGGCACAUGCUGAGAAGCAGGAUCCCACUUUAUCUGGAGAAAAUUCAAGAUGUGGUCCGGCAAAUGCAGAACGAAUUACAAAAGCCAUUAGCAACUUUGAAGGAUGCCUACUAUGAUGUAACCUUGAAGCCACUGGAUGAAGUCUGGAAGGAGAAGACAGAAGAGCACAUGAAGAAAAUCCAGACUUUCUUACCCAAGAUUGUAAAAGAUGUGUGGCUAAUGGAACCAAUCCAGGUGGCAUUAAAGGUUGUGAAAGGAGGCUUGGAUAUGGCCACACAGCAGGUGCUCAGGUGGGCAGAGGCAGCGUUCUCCAGAGCUGUGAGCAAGAUCCGGAAGCCCUUGCUGAACCUGUACAGUUUUUCACCCAGGAACUGUUCCGUGGCAGGGAAGCUGCCAGUGCUGCCUAAAGCAGGCCUGUCCCUGCAGCUAGCAAAUGUUACCACUUACCUCAUUGGAGAAAAACUAAUGAGGCCUCUGCAAGACCUCUACAAUCUCAACAUACUUGCAGAGUUCUAUAGAUUCAAACGGAGGAUGAUGGAGAGCCCCUUUGAAUAUCAUGCUAUGUUAGUGGGGACCAAGCAUCUUGUGACUUUUGAUGGAAAAAUGUACGAUUUGGCAUCAAAGUGCAGUGUACUUCUUGCCAAGGACUUUACUCACAGUGCUUUCACUGUAAUACUAAAUGAGGAAACUAGGAACUCCAGAUCGCUGUAUGUGGAGAUGAACCAGACAGCGAUCACUAUCUACCCACGACUAAAGAUAUCCAAGAUGUACAACUUCUCCUUUAUGGAAGAGAACUGCCAAGUCCUGGAUCAAUCCUUUGAAAACAGUACCAUGAAUUCAAGGCAAGGAGCCAACAAAAUAGAAGUAUCUGAUCAGCAAGGAGUUUCUAUCUCUUGUGACUUUCAGUAUGACCUCUGCACUGUCACUCUGGCUGGGUGGCACCAUGGUGUUUCAGCUGGGCUUUUUGGAACCAAUGAUAAUGAAGCUGGAAACGAAUGGAUGGUGCCUAAUGGUUCCUUCACUGAGAACGUGAAAGAGUUCACACAGAGCUGGCAGGUGAAUAAGUGCAGUCUCCUACCAAAGAAAGAGAAGCCAUGUCCGAUUACAGCUAAGCAAAACAUCUGUAAAGUGUUCUUUGAAGAACCACAUUCACUUCUCAGGAACUGCUUCAAAGUUGUGGAGCCCGAGCCAUUCUACACCAUGUGUACCCAGGACACCUGUGACUCCCCGCCCUUGGGGGCUGCCUGCAGAUUAGCAGCAGCUUUUGUUCAUUUGUGCAACCGGAAUUUUGUCCCUGUGGAAAUCCCUCCACAGUGCUCCAGCCAGUCCUGAAUGGCAGAUACCAGCCCUGAAGAUGGAAGAACCCUUUCGGCACCC